GUUCGUGAGAAAUUGUUUCUGUUACAAUUCGUAAACAAAAAUAAGUUAUUGCAUGAAACAUGGAUACCCGCUUAUAUGAAACUAAAUUAGCUCAUCACAAACUAUUUAAAGAUUUAAAAGAUACUUUCAGUGAAUAUUCUGGUGCAAAAUUGCGCAAUUUGAUAGAAUUACAGGACGAUGUUUUAUAUGUGUGGAAUCCCAUUGAAAACUGUUUGUUUUGUGUGAAUUUGAAGUACUUAGAAGAACAUGGCGAUGAAAAGCAAUAUCAGAAGCUGCACCUACUGUCACCGCCAGCUUUUCCCGUAGAGCGUCUCACCAGCAGUGAGUGUGGGACGCGGCUAUGCGUGUGGGGUUCGCGUGGUGUUACCAUCGCUGAGCUGCCGACUAGAUGGGGCCGAGGCGGCUUGUUCGAAUCAGGCAAUCAGACUGUGUUAUGCAAGAGCUAUUCGUUGGACGAACGAUUUAUGUACGCGAAGGGUGAGGUCCAUAGAGUACGAUGGCAUCCCAAGUCACUCUCGCAUUUGUUGGUUCUACUCUCCGAUAAUACUAUGAGGUUAUACAACAUAGCCCUUAAGACAGGACCACGGAUGAUAAAGUCCUUCCUAAUCGGACCAAAACCUGUUGGAUCUUUAGGAAUGACCUUGCUGGACAGCUUCGGUGACUCGGCAGUCGAUUUCACAGCCACACCCGAUAGUGAACACUUGCUGAUUCUCAGUGGGAACGGUGAUGUUUAUAUGAUGAAUACUGAUUUCUUGGAGAGUAAAAGUCCCCUACAAAUAAAACUCCGCGGUCCUCUCGCCAUGUAUCCACCGGCUGAUGAUAACUAUGGCUCCGAAUCGUGUGCCAUCAUGACGAUGGGAGCCGCAGACUUUUCCACCAUUGUGGUCAUCGCCAGUGCCACGGCAUCGCUAUACCAUUGCCUGCUUCUGCCUAACGGUUCAGAGAAAGAAAACAGCGAUGGCUACGCCCUCUACGUUAUGGAGUCUGUGGAUUUGAACAUUGUGUUGAACAGUAAAGAUGAUGUGUCAUUUGCUUAUCCGGUUCACUUGUAUCCGUGCUUGGGGAAUACGUACGCGUGUAUGCACGCUGGCGGCGUACACUCCGUCACUUUGCCCAUCAUGGGACAUCUCAAGAACUUAGCUCUGGCCGAAGAGAAUGAAAUAGAUUCCAUACUGUCUCUAAUAAGCAGCAAGUCGAGUGCGGCACGUCACCUCGUCUGCACCAGCUCGGACGAGGCCUCACCUCCGGUGGGACUCGUCUUAGCCUCUCCGCUUCAUGACAUCCUGGUACUUUGCUCUACGGGGGAGUUGCUAACUAGAAGCCUGGAGCCGUAUAUCAUAGAAGAGCGCCUGUUUAGGGAGCUGCAACUCCAGAAUCCAGCUUUGGACAGCGAAGAGCUACAUGAACUAUUGAAAGAGCGUCAAAAACUGUCUUUCGUCACGAUAAUACAAGAGAUAUUGAGCCGUGAGGUCUCCCAGCCCAUUUUACAUUUGAACAAGACUCAGGAUCUGGGGCCCAAGGAGAUGUUAGAGAUGUUAACGGAGGUGACAGUGAAGCUCCGGGAGCAGUACAUCGCGCGUCAGAGCAGAGCCAAUUCAGCCUUGGUCAGCAAGAUCAACGCGCUGCGCUCUUUGCAGACGCAGCAGGUCGCCUGGAAGGAGGACUUACAGAAAGACAUUCAAGACGUCGAACUGGAGUCCGCACUUCUGAUAGAAAAAAGGAAUUUGGCUGAGAAAAAGCAAGAAGAUAUUAAAUUUAGAUGUUCUUCGGUUAUUCGAGCACUGAGUUCGUCCUCUAUCAAGAGUCCAGCGGAACAGGAGAUGAUGAGACAGUUAGAGACAUACAAACAAAAAUCCUCACAUUUGCAGACGCAGACACGAAGCCUUAGAGAACAUGUGGACAAACAUAUACAACGGAUUAAAGAGUGGGAAGAGGAAUACAAGAAGAAAGAUAUCGCAUUGGGCAAGUCACAUAGCGACACUAUCUCAUCCAUACUUCAACAACAAACAAGUCAAGUCUCAACUCUUAUUGAAGAAACAAAACUAUUGAAGGAUCAGCUUGGUGUUGUUUAAUCUUAUAUUUUUUAAUAAUUUGUGUAAUUUGUUAAUUUUGUAUGUAAAAUAAAUGCUUGAGAAUGAUUAAAGAUGA